CGCUGCUCACGGCUACGCGCAUGCGCCCUCACGCAACCCUCGUGCCAGCUGACGCGCUGUUGCUAAGCAACCGAGUAAUCAGAGUAACCAGGGACACCGGCGCUGCUUCACGACAAUGCUGAAGGGCCGCAGUUCCAGAGCAGACAGAAGGAAGCAGGCAGUGAUUGCUGGAGCUCUUCAGGAUCACAUCAUCCGGAAUGUUCCACAGCUCCACAGCUCCAGCCUUCCAUCAUUACCUUCCACACGACUCUUACACACACACACACGCCGUCAUGGUGAUGAUGAUGAUGGUGAUGAUGAGCUGGAGUUUGUGCUGGACUCAACUCCGCCUCCGCUCACGCUCGCUCAGAAGCUAGGUUUAGUAGCAGCUCCUGGCUGCAGCAGAAGGCUGAGUGUAGACGAGUGGACGGAGGUGAAAUCUCGCUCUCUGCGGAACGGAGACUCCACUCAGCCCUGCAGCAUCUGCACAGAGGAGUUCUGCCUCCAGCCGCAGGUUUUACUCUCCUGUUCACACGUCUUUCACCAAGUGUGUUUGAGGAAGGUUGAGCGCUUUUCGGGGAGGAAGUGUUGUCCACUCUGCAGGACAGAGCAAUAUGAGACUAGAGUGAUACACGAUGGAGCGAGACUCUACAGAGAGAAGUGUGCUCUCAGGAUUCAGGCCUGGUGGCGAGGCUGUGUGACCCGGAAGUGCUACAGAGACAUGAGGAAAGUGGUUCCUCCGAAUGAUCCACAGCUGCGACACACAUUCUUUCAGCUGAAGUUUCAGGAGCUGAAUGAUAGUCUGGUUCAGUCAUUCAGCAGUGACGUGGACUCGUUCCUGCGCGAUCUCGACCACAGCGUUGCUCAGAGCCGAGACGUCUUCCAGCUGUUCGAUCUUCUCCACAGCAGCAGCAGCGGAGUGCAGGAGGAGGAGUGGAUGAAGGCACAGGAGAAGGCGAUCCAGCGGGAAGCUCGCGACUGUCCGAUCUGUCUGACCCCUCUGAGCGGCGCCCGCUCGUGCACUCCGGUCGUCCUGCUUUCCUGCUCCCACCUGUUCCAUCAGUCGUGCCUGAGAGCGUCCGAGCACUUCUGCCAGGAGGGCGGCGCCACCUGCCCACUCUGCCGCCGUCACUACGUCUCGAUGCCCCUUUAUGACCUCGCCCACUAACAUACCGUAUAAGGAAAGAUGACAUCGGUGCUCCCGCAUUACAUCAGCUUGGAUUAUGCAAAGCAGGGAGACGUUGCAAGGUCACUGCGCAUCUGGACAGCGAAGAAAUGCAGGAAAUGAGCCAAGAGCAAGGACACACACACACACACACACUCUCACACACUCGCACGCGGUCCUUUGUAGAGAGAAAGUUUCAUGGUGAUUAGUUGUAGUAUAUGGAAGCAGCUUGGUCUCAGUAUUUUGCAACCUUCCUUCAAAGGCAGUUUCACAGAUUCAUGACACCGCUGCCAAAUUCUGACCCCAGCAUCGAGCGACUGGACUGUGGUGGGAAUGUGGGCAGUUUGGAUGAUGGUCAGAUGUUGCUUUUUUUCAGCGGCUCAGGCUGUGGUGGUGGUGUGGGGAAUCUAACACCAUCCAGUCUAGCCUCGUCUGACCACUGCAACCAGAAAAGAAGAAAACCUGUCUCCCUCUCUGUGUCUAUACACCUGUCUCUUUCUAUCUGUCUCUGUCCACCUGUCUCUCUAUUCAUCCAUCUGUCUGUCUCUCUGUCCAGCUGUCUGUCUCAUUAUGCAUCUGUCCACCUGUCUCUCUCUAUCUGUCACUGUCCACCUGUCUCUCUAUUUAUCCAUCUGUCUGUCUCUCUGUCCAGCUGUCUGUCUCUCUUUCUUUAAUCAGUCAUUCAUCUGCCUCCAUAUGCAUCUGUCCACAUGUCGUUCUCUCUUUCCACCUGUCUCGCUCUGUGUCUACCUGUCUCUCUCUAUCUGUCACUGGCCACCUGUCUCUCUGUCCAGCUGUCUGUCUCUUUCUCUAUAAUUAAUCAUCCAUCUGUCUCAAUAUGUAUCUGUCCACCUGUCUCUCUCUGUCCACCUGUCUCUCUCGUUAUCCAUCUCUGUCAACCUGUCUUUCUGUUCAUCCAUCUGUCUACUUCUCUUUCUCUGUUAUUACCUGUCCAUCAAUCUCUACAGCUAUCUGUCUCUCUGCCCAGCUGUCUAUCCAUCCAUAUGUCUCCAUAUGUAUCUGUCCACCUGUUUCUCUCUCUCUGUCAACCUGUCUCUCUGUCCAUCCAUCUGCCUACCUCUCUCUAUCUGUCUCUCUGUCCAGCUCUCUGUCUGUCUCUAUCACUCUUUAAUCAUUCAUCCAUCUGUCUCUGUAUGUAUCUGUCUCUCUGCCUUUCCACCUGUCUGUCUAUAUAUCUGUCUCUCUGUCCAUCCAUCUGCCUACCUCUCUCUAUCUAUCUGUCUCUCUGUCCAGCUCUCUGUCUGUCUCUAUCACUCUUUAAUCAUUCAUCCAUCUGUCUCUAUAUGUAUCUGUCUCUCUGUCUUUCCACCUGUCUGUCUGUAUAUCUGUCUCUCUGUUCAUCCAGCUAUCUAUCUCGGAAAAGAAGAAAUCCCAUCUCUGGUAUUUGACCCUGACGUGACCUCGAGUCUGUCUGAUCGCUCUGAAUAAAUCCACCUUUGAGGCCUUGUGCUUGAGGGUCUCUCGGGCGGACGGACAAGCGGGAAGACCGUUUUAGAAGACCGUUUGUGUUGUCACUCAUCACAAGACCCGCCCCCUUUUGCACCUCAGUACAGAGUUUAACUGCCCUGUAAGCAUUAACUGGUGGGUGGUGGUGGUGGUGGUGGGGGUUGUAUUUAUCCUUUCUGAAGGAGAGCGAGAGGGAAGAGGGGGGAGGGGGAUCAGUUCCCGUGUGGCGCUCACUUUGCAAUUCCACUCAAGGAUUUCGGACAUUUGUUUCAGAAAGCCGCUCUGAUCAAAAAAAAAAAAAAAAAAAAAAAAGAUUCUUUGUUCCUGAAGAGCGGCGCUCGGCCGAGAUGAAAGAACGCGCAAUAAAUGUAAACAUAAACACGCCUCUCUGUCGUUUCUUUCUAGCUGCAGCACCUGCCCUGAAAAAAAGAACGAACAAAAAAAACACACUUUCCUGAUAAGCUCGGUUCUCUCUGCGAGGCUGAAUGCGAGGCUGAUUUUUCCCAGCAUGCCAUGCGCUCAGGCAUUCCUCAUCGCCGCCCGGCUUUUGUGGCGGCGCAACAUCAAACGGGAGAUCGCAAUAAAGUCGAAUUUUUUUAUCGGGGUGGGACGCUCAGA